CACUAAUCCGCCACGAUCCUGAAUGUCGAGUUUGAUCAGUUUGUCUACGGAGUCAAGUUAUGGUUAUAGUUUGGGAACUUAUUUGGAUCAUAUCGACGGAAAACGUGACGGCAACGGAGGAAGGUAGUAAAUUGUUUGUGAUUCCGGAGUUUAGUGAUCGUUAAUGUAACUGACCAGUUAUCUAUUGUCACCAGUAGAACCCCUCGCAUACAAUUAUUUGACUCUAUUCUUUUGUUAAUAACUUAAUUAGCUUAAACACUGAAUUAUUGGUUUCAUUUGGGGGUUGGUUUGUUUAUUAAUUGCAAUGACGACCGUAGCCAAAAUUAAUUGGACCCAAUCUCCAUUUUCCCCAUUUGUUUUUGCUUUUGACUUUCCCGCUGUUAUUUUCUUAAGAAACAAACAGCCCUUUGAUGGCUAGGUUUCUGCCGCCACGUAGCCCCACAAAAAUGAAUUAAUUAGCUCCACUAAUUAAAAAGAUUCAUAACCUUGCCUUUCCAAUAUUUUGGAACUUGGAAACUGGUUUAGAAGGUCAAGUAUGCCGAUGUCCAUUUAGUAUAUGAUGUUGGACAUGAGAUGGAUUUUGGUCUCCAAACGGGAAUGGGUAUCCGUUUUAAACGGGACGGGAUUGCCCAACCCUAUUAAUGAUUACAACAACCUUGGUGAUACAAUUUCAAGUUUCAACAACAAAUCACAUGUAUGGAUAUUUUCUCAUCUAUUUAAUAUGAUUUUCACGUGGAUGGGAUCAAACGUGUUUCUCUAGUUUUUAUUUUUCCUUACAAACAUUAGAAAGAAUUGAAGUUUUUUUUUUUAUGAGGAUGAGUUUUAGAAGGAAAAAAAAAGUUAUUAAAGCGUGUAAGCAAUUUUGUCAGCAACUUGAGUAAACAUCAACAUAUAUUUUUCAUAGUACGGGAGAUCAGCAGUAGGGUAUUUUAUGGAAAACCCGUGGUUUAAUCGUUGUUCAACUAUUGGUAACGUUAAAUACCAUAUACCGGUUCACAACUUAUCGAAAUGAUUUCUUCCCUUUUCGUUAGUUUGUGGUUAGAGGGGGAACAGGAGAUGGAGAAUUUAAUACGUAUACUCAUUGACUUGCUAGUCGGCCAUAGAAAACGUGGGGGUUUACAGCUUUCAAGGGUCAGUCAAAGUGUGCCACCUAGCUAGCUAUAUCCAUGGAAAAGUGACGAACAAUAACAAGAAGAAAGAAGAGGAAAGUUAUAUAUAUAGAGAUUAAAACCGAAACGAAAAAUUUAAGAUAUGUGUGGUAUAACUGUCUUCCUUUCAAUUUUUAUUAUCGUCGUUGCCAACUUCGUUUGUUUAAUAUAAUGUGUGGUUCAUGUUCUGAACCAAUGUUUUGCCGGCCGGCAGUAUUGACCGGAGGAUACUUUUAGACCUUUUAGGUAGUCGCCGGUCACCGCCGCUAAGGGAUUGACUAACCUAAGUCUGAAGUUAUAGUCACGAGUCACGACACAUAGUCAUGACCCAUACAACAAUGGUAGAGUACCACGUUUAGCUCAAUAAUCUGACAUGUGAGAGUAUCAUGGUUCAAGAAGGCGCGCCUAGACGCACGCCUAGGCUCAGUUAGGCGCUAGGCAGUGGAGGAUCGCCUUGACUUGGCCAUAGGCGUUGUAAAAGGCGCUGGUAGCGCUUAGUUUGCGCCUAGUGGAGAGAAGGCGUGCCUGGGCAUUCCUGGGCGAGCUUAGGCGGUUAAACCCAAUACUCUUCGUUUUGUCCUAGAAAAUCAUAAAAUUGCCUCUUGCCCUAGAAAAUCAGAAACACGGUUAGGGGAUGACCAUGCUAUGUAUGUAUUCAUAGAUGAGGAUGAGGAAUUACAUUGUGCACCCUCGAGUACUGUUACAGAUGCAAUGACGGGUAAACAGAGUGAGCUUCGUAGGAGUGCACGAGUGAGAGAGCUCCAUGAUGAAGAAUUAGAGUGUGAAGAGGAGGAAGAGGAGGAGGAUGGUGAGGAGAUUGCUUUGGAGGAUGAUGAAGAUGUAGUGGUGGCUGGACGGACCUACUUGGAUGAUGAAGAAUGAACAUUAUCUUAUGAACUUAUUGACUAUGGUUUAGUAUUUCGACAUUUUAUGAACUUGUGAUUCUAGGAAGUGGUCACUAUUUGCUUGUUAUUUGUUAUGUUAAGUGUUUACUGUUAAGAACUAGGCAUUACUAAUUUUAUAUGCACUUGGAUUAUAUGAAUUAUUCCAGAAAACAGUAAAUAUUUGAGAACUUUUUCCAUUUAUGCUCUGAACGCCUAGGCGCGCCUAGGCUACGCCUAAUCAGGCAAGGCGCAAGUCAGGAGCCGAGCGCCUGCCUUACGCCUAGCGCCUUUUAGAACCUUGGAGAGUAUAGAAGUUACAAGGCGGAAUACCACGUCGGUCGUCGAAUUAGUGAUGUGGUACUCUGGAUGAAGUAAACUUCGUUAAGUGUCCACCAGGUAAAUUAUGACAGAGUUAUAAAUUAUUUUUAUAAUUUUGAAUUUUUCGAUCACAUAAUAAAUUUAGAAAUCAAAUCGUCGUAAUUUCACUUAAAACAGAUUUUAUCACUUCCCUUCUUUUCGUAACCCAAAGUUUUGUUUUAGAUUAUGACAGUUCAACUCCAGUUUGUACCUAUGAUAUGAAGUUUAGAAAGUCAUGGUAACGGGCCCAUUUUUCGAUUCCUUACUUCAACAUGGAACUUUCAUAGGGACAACUAACAUAAUAUUUUUACUUUGAGCGCACAUAAUAGAAUUUGCAUUACAAAAAAAAAAAACAUAAUAGACCAAAUAAUAAAAGUAAACAAAUUACAUUAUAAAAAAGUGUACAAUUCAUGUUGAUAUUUUAUACAAAGUAUACUAACAGUACAAAACACAAACACUCACAAUAUAAACCAACAUGACUUGCAUCACAAACUAAAUCACAUAAAGUAUACAAACCAAUAAUAGAUAGUCUACAAAGUUACAAACCAGUCCAUAAAAAUGAAUACUAACACUAUCAACUAUAGAAAUCAGUAAUAGAAAGUAUAAAAACCAAAUUAUAAAAAUAAACAAAUCUCAUUAUAUACGUAAAUAAAUCAGACUGAUAUUAUAUACAAAGCAUAUUAAUAGUACAAAACAACUACUUACAAUAAAAACAUGUCUACUCAAACCAAUAACACAAAAUAUACAAAUUAAUAUCAUUAAAUAUACCAGGUUACAAACCACACUAUAAAACGAAUACUAACACUACUAUCUCUACAAACCCAAAAAAUGCUAACACUACCAAAAAAAAAAACUACUACUAACAUUACAAACCUCUCUCUCCCCUCUCACAAAAGAAGGGAUAAUAAAUUUCCUAUCUCUGGACUGACAAACGUCGUUCCUUUGAAAUUUUGGUAUUGUACUCCGCACCAUUUUCAGAGGAUAGUUCUCCGUCGAACAUUCGACGGUCAACAUAAAAGCCCAAUUUGAUUAAUGACCCAAAUUUGGUUAGAGGAGAAGGUAGUGAAUUGAUGGGUUCAGACUUUAUUAAUUAUCUUGAUAAGUGAGGUCUUUGUGUCUUGCAAAAUUUAACUCGCAUAUUACGUACAAAUUGUAUGUAAUAUCUGGAUUAAACAAAAAUCAUAUUUCAUAUAUGUGGUAUGUGUAUUCAUCAUUUCCAAAACUUGUAUUCAGAAUGAGCAGAACACACAUUAGAAAUCAUUUUCUUAUUGAACAAAUAAUAUAUUUGUAUAGAACAAAAAAUAUUUCAUAUGUGUAAUAUGCCUAUUCAUCAUUUCCACAAACUUGUAUUUCCAAGAUUUUCACUAUCUUUUCUCACUUACUUUACUUUUUAGAUCGUGGGCCCCCGAUUUCCAUUAUUUUAUGUCAGCUACUUUUCUCAUUAAGGACCCCAACUCUCACUAACUAUCCCUUACCCCAAAUUGAGCCGUGUAUAUAGCAUGGUCCAUGAAACCGUACCGGAGACCGUACCGGGAAAGUCAGCGGUAGGGUAUUUUAUGGUAAAACCGUGGUUUAACCGUAGUUCAACCGUUAUACCGGUAAAUACCUCCUAUCGGUUUAGCCUCCAAUACUGGUAUUUCGUGGUUUAACCGCCGGUACGGUACGGUUUAAUGGACACUGGUAUAUAGUGGGUCUUUAAUAUGAUCCAUUGGAUGCCUUGGAGGACCAUCCUCCUAAAAGUAACCGGAGCAACAUAGUUUUAUUGGGUCCUCUACUAGCGCUGAAAUCCUAUCUCUUGCGACUGACACCAUAGGAUGAAAUCGGGUGCCAACUCACUUACCUGUCUAACCCUUUAUCUAUAAUUAAUUUUUUAAUGGCGAAAUGACAUUUAAAAAGGCCUCAUUAAUAACUACAAAAUUUUACCGUUAGAUUACAAAUACAAUUUAUCACUAAGAUGGACUUAGUCAAGUGACUAAGCCACAUCCUAACAACCUGAUCUUACUCAUUAGUUUAGAGUAGGGUUUACAGAAAGACAACUAAUACCAAUGUGGUCUUAUAAGAAUUAGAUGCGUGAGUGCUCAGGAUGGCAAUGUGACGAGUAUGUGGCGGAGUUUUCUAAUACGAAAAAACCCAUACACUCCCCCAUAUUCGCACGAAGGAAGGUUUUUCAAACCCAUCCCCAUACCUGUAGUUUUCGGGUACCCUUGAGUAAUACCCGUUAUGUACAUUCAAAAAUACUAUACCUAAAAUGAAAUAUCUAGAUCUUC